CUAUCCCAGAACUCUGGGAUCCUCCCACUGCAUCCCAUCAUGCCUUUCGGCGCACCAUAGAGUUCUUUCCGUGUAGUGCCAGCCGGGGCUGCGUCUCUUCCUCUCUGUGGUGCGAUGGCGGGUGUGGAAGUGCCGCGGGAGCCCCAUGGCCCGGAGGAAGACGAGAAACAAAUGAACGGAGAGGUGGAGGAGGAGGAAGAGGUCACGGCUAACGGGGAGGUUAGCGCCAGCAAGAAAAAGAGGAAGAAGAAGAAAAAGAGUAAACCAGGUGAGGUCAGGAGUCCGGCCCCGAGCGCAUGGAGGGGGAGGGGGGCACAUGGGUCCGGGCCCUAACGUGGGGCCCCUGGUGACUGGCUCCUAGCGUGGGGCCCCUGAGGACGGGCUCCUGCAUUGGGGCCCCUGGUGUCUGUCCCCUAGCGUGGGGCACCUGAGGACGGGCUCCUUGCAUUGGGGCCCCCGGUGACUGUCCCCUAACGUGGGGCCCCCGGUGACUGUCCCCUAACGUGGGGCCCCCGGUGACUGUCCCCUAACGUGGGGCCCCCGGUGACUGUCCCCUAACGUGGGGCCCCCGGUGACUGUCCCCUAACGUGGGGCCCCCGGUGACUGUCCCCUAACGUGGGGCCCCCGGUGACUGUCCCCUAACGUGGGGCCCCCGGUGACUGCUCCUUGCAAUGGGGCCCCGAGGACGGGCUCCUUGCAUUGGGGCCCCCGGUGACUGUCCCCUAGCGUGGGGCCCCCGGUGACUGUCCCCUAGCGUGGGGUCCCUGUGGACAGGAUCUUCUAGCGUGGGGCCCCUACAUAGAACCUGUGGUCUAACCCUGUAAAAUAAACCCUUUCAUGGUACACACUUUAUUAUUAGAGUGCUUGUAGCUUUCUACUGGCUUGACCUACUGUUAGGGAGCAAUCCAUAUAUAUUUUUAAGUGUUUAAAUCAACGUAGAUACAUUAGAUGGAAUCCUAUCAAGUCCCAGGCGACUUGCUAAUAAAUUGUUUCAGCAACUGAGAUUAUUCACAUUUAUUGAAUAGGGCAAAGAGGGCAGUUUGCAGCUCAAGCAGGUCUUAUGAUUUGCUAGCACUGUGCUUUCUGGGGACUGUUCUUUGCUUUUCUUGGAACACACCUGGGACAGCAUGACAAGCUCGAAUUCAAGACUGUCUCACCGAUCACUGGACUUUGGGAACUGCCAACAAAUACAACUGUUUUAUUGGACCCUGCAGGAUCGAGGAAGUGGAAAGCAUUUUAGAAUGGAUGUGGUGGGACAGAGGAGACAGGACUAAAAUGCGAAAUGCUCCAAAAGGUUUGAUUUAUGAUUUGCAAAGAUUUUCUACAAAUUUGGGCAUGCAAACAAAAAGCUUUAAUAAUGCAUUUAACCUGAAACUAAAUGGAAGCCGUUUAUCACCAGUUGACGCUUAACAUAUGAUAGAAACCUUUCAUGCAGAAUCUUUUUUUUACGGUGUUUAAAGGAAUAGCCAAAAUACCAUCUGUAUCUAAAACCUCUUUCAAGUAAGUUUCUUUUUGAUCUCGGACCCCCCGAGGACCCCACGGACUGGGCUGACAUCUGGGCAUCCAUUAAAUCUAUCUCAAUCUGCGUCACCCAUCAAGAGCAGGCAUACAAAAUGCUCUUCAGAUGGUACCUCACACCCUGCCGUUUAAAGGCUAUGAAACAAAGCCCCACUAACCUAUGUUGGAAAUUGUGUGGCGAAACCGGCACGUUCCUCCAUUGCUGGUGGACAUGCCCAAAACUCACCCCCCUAUGGGAAAAAAUCACGACUCUCCUAACCAGAAUACUAGACAAACCGGUCCCCCUGGACCCAUGGGCUCUACUACUAUCCAAACCCUUAGACAUCCUCACCCGUAACGAGAACAAACUCAUAGCGCGAGUGGCCUUAGCCACACGAAGAGCAAUUGCGGAAAAUUGGUCUACGCAACGUAUACCCACUCACACCCAAAUAUACACGAAAAUCACUGACAGCAUAGAUAUGGACAGACUAACAGCGCAACUGCACGACACCCCAAAAUCAUUCCACAAAGUUUGGGACCCAUGGAUAGAAGGACACAGUGACCUUCCAUGGUGAGCUGAGAAAACACUCAAAUAACGCCAUUAAUGCACAACGAGAAUGACGAUAGUCACCCGCGCAGCCACCCCCAACCCCACCUGACCCAUCUGGUACUCGGGAGGUCACCCAAGGGGGCAGCAACAUCCAACCCCUCUAAGUGAUCUUUCCCUUCCCCUUCAAAUACCUUCUCCCCCCCCCCCAACCACCCAACAACCCUUCUGACUACAGCACCAGACUCCUAUGCCUAGGUCUGCUGACUUAGCCGCAACCAAAGAGUACUCAAAGGCCGCACCACCUGAGAAAACAGAUCCCCCUCCCUACCAAGAGAACUACCAUCGACCCUUCUGGCUUGGCAAACCUACAAACUAUAUCACCUCUCCUCGUAGACAUACUUCCAACCCGGACCAAUAUCCCCUCAGAUAAACAGCGACCCCCCCGACGACAUAAGUCCACUACCAAACGCCAUGUAGGGUCACAUUCACGACCUCACACUUACUAAGGCCCCCAAAGACAGACACAGUGCAAGCCUACAAGCUGCCGAGCCAGUUUAUUGAGCAAACAAAGCAAUGUCAUACCAUGUUGUCUUCAAACACAUAACCAACCUCCUUUUUCUGUUAAAAUAUACACACGACUUUUGUAUGUGAAAUGUGCUAACUGUAAAAUACAGAAUCUCAAACUAGUGAACGGACAACAGGUCGACCACGGUAGGAAGGGUGCGACUCAAUAACCAAGCCACCAUUUGCCCACCCCUCAUCCCUAUCCUACCUUCCGUACUUUGUACCCCCGACCCACUGCCUACCCCCCCUCCCUGAUCCUGGUCAUGGAGACCUAUUUGUAUUCUCACACCUCCUUGGCAAAUGUAAGAUGAGUACUGUAUGCAAUAUUGUACCCUAUCCCCCUCCCUCUUCCUUUUUGUACCCCACCCCAUCCUCAACACCAAACGAUUGCAAAAGUUGAUCUAACCAUAGAAUCUAGUUGUAUACAAACAACAUACGCUGUAACCAAAGAUGUAAUAUCUGCAUUCCUGCUCAUAUUGUUUGACUGUCGCUUUGAGUACAUGCCUGUUAUACAAAGAUUGUAACACAAACUUUAACCCCACUUUUUUUUCUGUACCCCUUCCCCCAAAAAACAAAAUCUUUACAAAUAAAGAAUUUUCAAAAAAAAAAGUAAGUUUCUUUUUUUUUUUCUUUUUUUUUUGUUCUCAGCCAUUUUCCGUGGAGGGGACAAAUCAUAUAAUGCUUAACAACAUUUUCAGAUAGAGAAUAUCCAGUUUAACAUAACAUUGUCUACAUGACACCUGGUAAGAGUCUGGCUGGUGAGCUGAGGGGUUUUUGUGGGUUUAAAUAAUCGCAAUAAUCUGCUAUGGACGUUCUAUCGUGUAUAUGGUCUGUGAACUGAGUGUUCCUCAUUUGCUGGGUAGGUGAGGUGAGGUGGGGUGCAUUGCCUUCCGCGUUAAUGCGUGUGAAUCAGGAGGCCCCUGCCAGAAGGUCAGAAGACCAAUUAUUAUGUAUUGUGUGAUGUGGGGAGUAGGAACUAUCAGAAAAAUGUAUGUGUAACACGCUGUGGACUAAAUGCUGGAACUAUGUGCUAGUGCCACGACCUGUAAUCAGUUCUCAGUGGCCAUGCGGGUUCAUAAUUUGGCAGGCUCCAUAGCCUUAGGGGGUGAGUAUCGCCUCUGUUGCUCCCCUUGGUUGUUAUGAGGGCACAGAGGCGGGGGGUUUGGAGCCGAUGUCUCUGCGGACUAUCUCUGCUUAGUCGAAAAGUGAAAGGGAGAAACAUAGCCUAGCUUUGCAAGCUUGUAAGAGUAAAAGAAAACCAUCACAAACAUAACCAAAUUACCAAAAAAGGAUAACUAUAGGGUACCGGGCACAAUUUAACUUAGUGUCCGGUUGGAGGUCUAACAGUUGGAGGAUAGCGUUCUGGUAUCUGGGGAGCUAGCCCUGUGCCUCAGGUAGGGGCUAAUAUUGGAGCGUGCCUUUGAUGGUUUGGAUGGUGUAGCCUGUGUCAGAUCUCGCGUGUACAGAGCUGUAGAGGUACCCUUCAUUGUGGGCAAUGAGAAGGAGGCCCAGAGUGUCCAGUAUGUCAGCCGCUUGUUGUAAGGUUUGUACCGAGUAGGUUGCGCCUCCUCUUUGUACUUGGAGUGUUCUCGGUGAUCGCCAUCAAUAUCGAAAGUCGUGGGCUCUGAGUAGGCUUGUGAAGGGUUGUAGGGUCUUCCUCCACUGCAUAGUGUCUCCUGUGAGGUCUGCAUAGAAUGUGAGUUUCAUGUUUUCAAAGACGUGGGUUGAGGCCCCUUUUAGAGCGGUUUGUACCAGCAUUUUGUCCCUGAGGGUGUGGAACCGUACCACUACGUCUUGAGUGGCUGUUUCCGGGGCUCCUCUUGGUUUCGGAAUCCGAAACCUUCAAAGGUAAGACUUUUUGCCUGUUUGGGUUGCAGGAGGGACUCCACCAGUCUUCUCAUAAGGUGUGGGAGCUCCGCAUUUGGUAUCUCCUCCGAGAGCCCGUAUACUUUAAGGUUUGUGCGGCGUAUGGCAUCUUCCAUCUGUGUGAAGCGUUGCUCCAAAGUAGCUUGCUGCCGAUCUAGGUAAGUAGCUAAAGCUCUCCAAACAGGUUUUCCUGUUUAGUGUAAAUUUAUGCUUUCAAAAGGAUCAAUACUAGGGCAUUUAUUUUGUUUGCACUUCAGAUACAAACUAAAACAGAACAUUUCUGUUAAGUUCCUUGCGUGUUUUUCUGGUCUUUCAGUUGUUUUCAAUGAGAGCGUUGUAUGUAGAAGCAAUAGAGAUGGUUGCAAUAUUUUGCUCAUUGCGUGAGCAGCUGCCCUACAUCUAUUCAGAUAAAAUGUCUCUCUGGAAGAGUUAAAUAAAUUUAUGGAGUAAUCGUGCAAGCAUUUAUUUUUAAUUUUUUUUUGCAUUUGUUCACAUUUUUGAUCCUUGCCGUGUGUCAAUUUUAAUUUUGACUUUCAAUUUGUGACAUGCAGGAACGUCUUUGUAGUAAUGAAAAGAAAUAGGGUAGGUGUCCCUUAAAGUAUAUGAAUUUAAGAUCUUUGUCUAGUCAGGUUUUAUGAUAGUCUGUGUGCGUGUUAGCUUUUGAUGUUACAAAGGUGUUGCUCUUGUUUAAUUUGUCACUCUAUUUUUUUUCGUGGAUGUAGAAUUUAUUGUGAAUCCAUAGAUUAAAAUCUUUAUAACGGCAAAUUAAAUACUGGGAAAAUACCCUUUGAAUUAUGAUGUUCUACAAAGAUUGUGGUCCUGUAAAAGCUGUCUGUAUGGAGAAGCUGAACACUCCCCAAAGAAAUGCAGGUGAGCACUAGCCCUAUGAUCAUCAAUUCUGAUGAUCUCAGCCAGAGAAGGAGUAGGGGACCCAGUGAGACCAGCAUGCCUGGGAAUAAAGAUAACUCAUAACUUUUCUUUCUUUUUUAAAAAUUAUGUUUAAUAGUAUUGUUUGGGGGAGGGGUGAAUGCUGAUCUUAACUAGUUUAUGUAAAACUCUAGCGCAACGUGUUCUUAACGCUAGUGUCUUCCCUCAAGCAUUCUUCUCCAUUAUAGUGGAUAAUCCCUUUACUGAUGUUUCCCUUAUUCUCUGUUAUAGUGGGUAUCAUUUAGCCCAUUUAUAUCUUCUUUAUUUUAAUAAGUACACAGCUACAUUAUUGCGAGUAUUGGAAUUGAAGUGAAAUUGUCAGCCUCAGGCUUGUCCAAAAAACAAAGUAAUCUCUACUUUGUCUUAUGCUAUUUUUCUUAAUAUUAGUGAAAUUCCAAUGCACUUUGGAUCAGUAUUUCAUCAAGCAUAUAUGUGUGUGUGUGUAUAUAUAUAUAUAUAUUAUUAUGCAUAAACCCUAAAGUUAUACUUUCAUAUUUGAAAAUAUCUCUAUUUGAUUCAUAAUCAAAGACUCUUUGUCAUAUAAAUGUGCUCUAAUCAUUGUAACAUUCUGCUUUUAUAUACUGUCAGAUCAGAUAAUUGAUUUUGUAGUUUUAUUAAGUUUUUCUUUUGUAGUUUUCUAUCAAUUCAAUAGAAAGUAAUCUACGCAGUGUUCUUUCACACAUUUAUAAGACUUGUAUUGUCCUUUUUGGCAGUCGAUAAGUUACUGACUAUAAAUAAAACAUUCCACAGCAUAAAUGUAGUGAUGUUGGUGUAAUAGGACCUCAUGGCUACUGGCAGUUAUUUCUCAUCCCCCUAUGAUGUUUACAUUUUACUGCAUUCUUUUAUAUUUCCAUGGGUAGAUCCUAUUCUCAAAUAUCGUACUGCACAGUGGUUGAUGACCUCCUUCUCCAUAAGGAACAGUUACAUUGACAUCAUGUGGGGUCCCUAAUCUCAGUGUAGAUUUGUCCAAAAUAACCUGGAGUUACACGACCAUGCUGCAGCUGCCACCAUUAACUCUGCCCCCUCCUGAUAAUGAUAUCGCAGAAGAGGUGAUUCGGAGACCAAAACAGCUCCGUUCUGUCUCUGCAGCUUUUCUGCUGGCACAUCACUUAUUGGGAGAGGGACUGAAUUAAUGGUGGCAGCUGCAAAUAGUUGCUGCCUCUUGGGAGUACAUUUGUAUCCCAGUACUUAGUUUGACAGAGUCCUAGCCAAAAUCAUAAUUAUAAAUGUGCUGUACUACAAUGCCUAAUUCUCAAGCAUAUAUUCAGAAGAAACAAUGUAACCAUUGGAUUCUGGAGAAAUUCACAAACAGUUUAACCUUCUUGGUUUGUGAUGAUGCCUCCAGAACCCCCAAUGACAUAAAUUUUCUCUUAAAGGAACACUAUAGUCUCCAGAACAAUUGCAGCUUAAUGUAUUUGUUCUGGUAAAUAUAAUUUCCUUGAGGCUUUUUGCAAUAAACACGAUCUUUUCAGAGAAAAUACUGUUUACAUUACAGCCUAUGAAUACCUCCACUGGCCCCUGCUCAGAUGGCUGCUAGAGGUGCUUCCUGGGGCAGUGCUGCACACUUUCAGCAACUCCACCCUCUGCAUGGAGAUACUGAACUUUCCUCACAGAGAUGCAUUGAUUCAAUGCAUAUAUAUGAGUAGAUGCUGGUUUGCACAGGACUCUGUUUGGCUUGUGCUGGCUCUGCCCUUGAUCUGCCUCCUUAACAAACGUAGCCAAUCCAAUUCUUCCCUAUGUGAAAGCAUUGUGAUUGGCUUUGAUCAACACUUCUGAUGAUGUCAGCCAAGCAGGCAGAGCCGCCAGCAGCAGCAGCAGACAGAAAUAAAGGUAAGAUUUUGCUAUAUUUGGGGGUAAGAUGGGGUUAGGGUGGCUAGAUGGUGUUUUUAACACUAUAAGGUCAGGAAUUGGUUAGCAGUGAUUUGCUGAGGGUUCUUAGAACUCCAGACCAGUGAAGACCUGUCCAUAGGGACAACUGGUGCAUGUCCCAUCAGUGUUUCUUGCAAAAAAAAAACUAAACUAUAGAAUUAUUUUAUUUAUUUAAGGAACCAAAAGUGUAUAAGCGCUAUAGAGGUGAUGAGGUACUCGGUACAGCUGCACUGACCACCGUGACACACAAAUGUAUACACAGAUAAGAAUAUUUAUUUUUUUCCUUACUGUUGGGCUCUUAACUGGUUUUUAUGAAGUAAUACCUGGUUUGCACAGAUAUUUGUCUGUGUGAUAAGUUUUCGGUCCCUUUUCUAUAUUCGUACUGCUGUUCCCCUUGUUAUUCUCCUCUGCUGUUGCUAGGUAGAGUUUAUAUAAAAAAAAAAAAAAAAAAAAGUAUAAUCAAAUUGUUGGGGGCGUGCUCUACUUCAAAUAUUGACAAACUAAUGCAUUAAAGGACCACUAUAGGGACCCAGACCACUUCAGCUCAAUGAAGUUGUAUGGGUGCCAGGUCCUCCUGGUUUUAACCCUGCAGCUGAAAACAUAUCAGUUUCAGAGAAACUAUGUUUACAUUGCAGCGUUAAUCCAGCCUCUAGUGGCUGUCUACCUGACAGCCACAAGAGGCCUCUUCCGCGACUUUCAGUGAGAAAAUUGCACCCUAUAGUGCCAGGAAAAUGGGUUUAUUUUCCUGGCACUAGAUGAUCCCUUUAAGGGACCAGCUUGGACAAAAUAACCUCCUAUGUGCUUUCUUAGCUUGAGGAUUUAAACCGUUCCCAGUUACAUCUGGUGUUUCAAAUACAGACAGAGGAAGCAGGAACUGCUGCCAGGCAGGCAAGCCAUGGAUAUGCUUAUAGCAGUCAGGUGAUGCUCUAAGCCAACCAGCGGCUCCACUGCCAGAGGUCUCUGCUUCCUCUGUCUGAAUUUGAGACUCCAGAUGUCGUUGAGGACAGCCAGGACGGCACUCUUUGAGGUUAAACCCCUCAAGAUAAGGAUGCGCUAGGGACAUUGCUGGCGCCAUAACACCACUUCCUGGUGGCUUUCUGACUUUAGGUCGCCUAACUGAUGCUGGCCAUCUGAGUGACUGCACCUAAAUAUGUUACUAGGCAGCAAUGUAAACACACUGCCUUUUCUCUGAAAACACGGCGUUUUCAUUGAUGAGCCUGCAGGGACAGGCAGACACCAGAACUAUUACAUUAAGCUGUAGUUAUUAUAGUGACUAUAGUGUCCCUUUAAAACCGGAUAUUUUCAUAUGUAUAUACAGGCACACACAUUAAACUGCAAAAGCAGAUUCCGUUGCACUUGCAUUAAUUACUGCCUAGUUGAUGGCAAUAUGCAUUAAGGAAAAAACGUAAUUGUUAGUUGGAGAAAUUUAACAUUAUCGUGAGCUUGUCUUCUCUCACACAUUGGAUUUACUGCAUUUCAGGACCAGAUACUGAGAAAGACACGGGAGCUGCUACCACAGCUGUUGAGGAGGCAACAAAACAGUUGGAGAAGCAAACCCUAGAAAACAAGGAUGACGAGGAAGAAGGUAUGCACUCACUGCCACUAUGGAUACAAAAUGCUGCCUGACGUAGUCUGACUAGUGUAGUUUAAUCGCCUCUCGGUUUAAUAAUUAAGGUGGAGACUUCUUUCCCUAACUUAACUUUUUAAUUUUUUUCUGCUUAAGAUGGUGAGGGUGAUGUUGACGGAGCAAACGGGAAAAAGAAGAAGAAAAAGAAGAAGAAAAAGGGCUGUAAGUGCAUAUCACUUUGAUUGCUUACUGAUUAAAGCAGGUUUCACACCUAUGUGAGAAUUUUUUACUCAAGGAGUUGUCAGUAGAAUUUGAAUAUUGUUUGGUGUACUCUCAGCUUUUAGUGACGGUUAUAUAAUAUGCAUGCAGGAGUUCUUUUCUCCCUCUGUCACUGAAGCAGCCUGUAAAUUCCUAGGUUAACUGAUGUCAUUUAAUCUGUCUGUUCUUGUUAUAUUCUUGACGUGUCCUUGUUAUAUUUCCUACAGCCAAGGGCCAGACAGAUCCACCCUCAAUCCCGAUUUGCGAUCUGUACACAGGUGGUGUAUACCCAAAAGGACAAGAGUGCGAGUACCCAACCGCACAAGAUGGGUAGGUAUCUUGUGAAAUUAAUUUUAGUACAAUAGACCGUUAUAUAGGAAAGAGAUUCCCAUGGUUUUCUAAGCCCCCGGCCCUUUAUCUGUAUCUCUUUAGAUUAACAAAUUGAAAUGCCAAAUGCAUGUUUGUAGGGAAUAGGAUCAGGUUUACAAGUUCAGUGCUACAGAGGACCUGUUUAGAUACAUUUUACAUUCCACUGAUCAACCCUAAUUUAAAUGCAAAGUGUUUUUGGUUUUUCCUUUCUUCAGACGUACGGCUGCUUGGAGAACAACUAAUGAUGAAAAGAAAGCUUUGGAUCAAGCUAGUGAGGAAAUCUGGACUGAUUUUAGACAAGCUGCCGAGGCUCACAGACAAGUUCGGAAAUAUGUCAUGGGCUUUAUCAAACCAGGCAUGACAAUGAUCGAGAUCUGGUAAUUUAUUUUAUGUGCUCUGGGUACAAGUCUUUUAUGAUGUUUACAUGUGAGACAGAGUUGUCCACUGCAUUUCACACACAUUGUCUUCAGCAUUUGUGCCAAACUCCUCUAAAUCACUCUUUGACCAGAGUUCCACACCACUUACCAGAGAUUUUACAAAAAUUGAAAAAGAUCAUGUAAAAUUAAAAUGAACAAAAGUACAAUUGCUGUAAAUAAGUUGUGUAACCUACAGUGUACUAAGCUGUUACACUCCAAUGUAACUGCAAUGUUUGCUACCCCACCCCUUAUCUUCAUCCUGUACCCCAACUUCUUUGAAAAACUGAAAAACCACCAAAAUAAAGAAUUUACAAAAAAGAAAAAAAAAAUUCAGGAGUAGGUCAAAUGUGCACUGGUCAAUAUAUUAGUUACAAGAAAUGAAAGUUUAAAAAAAAAACUGUUUAAACAAUCAUCUCAACACAGUAUUUACUAUACAUGUUUAUAACCUGUCAUACUUUGUGUAAAAAUAUGCAGACUACCUGUCUAUGUAAAACUUAAUGUAACUGCAGAACCAGUUUGCUGGUGUUUCUUGAAAUAUGCUAUAAUAAUUGUAUUAUGUUUUUUUUCUUUGUUGUAGUCAACUCGUUCUUAAGAGAGAGAUAUAUAUAUAUAGAUAUAUAUAUAUAUAUAUAUAUAUAUAUAUAUAUAUAUAUAUAUAUAUAUAUAUAUAUAUAUAUAUAUAUAUAUAUAUAUAUAUAUAUAUUAUAUCUCUAUCUAUCUAUCAUACACACACAUUCUUGCCACAAUCGGCAAGUUGUUUUAAACAUGCAAUCUCUCUGUAAUUCUCUCUUUCAGUGAAAAGCUUGAAGACUGUUCUCGUAAGCUGAUUAAAGAGAAUGGCCUGUAUGCCGGCCUUGCAUUCCCUACAGGCUGCUCCCUGAAUAACUGUGCAGCUCAUUACACUCCUAACGCUGGGGACACCACAGUAUUACAAUAUGACGAUGUGUGCAAAAUUGAUUUUGGAACCCAUAUCAAUGGUAUGUUUAGCAUGCAGUUCGUGCAAAUAUUCUCACUAGUGCAGCAACACUUAGCAGUACAAUGAUGGAUCUUCUGUUGCCAGUUACAGAUAAUAUGUGGAUCAAGAUAGAUAUAUAUAUAUAUAUAUAUAUAUAUAUAUAUAUAUAUAUAUAUAUAUAUAUAUAUAUAUAUAUAUAUAAUCUAUAUCCUUUAUAUUAUCCUCUAGCUCUAUUUUUGGGGUGUGAUACACCCUGGCUAGCUGUCAUUAAGCAGAAUUUAGAAGUACCCCUGGGUAAUACAUAAUUAGAAACCUGACUGAAUGAAAUAAGAAUUCCAAGCAUGAUGUAAAAGUCCAUAAUUGCAUAAAAAAAGAAAACCUGUAGAUGUUUUAAAAAUAAAAAAAAACCCUUUGUGAGUGAAAUAUAUAUUGAUGAUUUAAAAAAAUUUUUUUUUUUUUAAAUUCUUUAUUUUUUUAAUGCAUAUGGUUGCAACAGACAUGCUUGUGGUGCCCCAACGGCAGUCCACACGCUGGUUUCAAAAACAAGAGGUACAGUGGGGAAUGGGUAAACAAUGCACAUUUUAAAGUAUAGUAUUGAUUGACAUAGUUAAAUUAACAGGUUCGAGUAGUAGGAGUCUACGCUUGUAAGGACACAUGUGUUGCAAGAAUACAACGCUGGUUAUAAGUGCCGUAUACUAUGCAUUGACAUGCAGUCACCGUUUAGUACAAGAUAUAGAUUAACCAUUAGGCUAAAUCUAUGUAUGUCGUUUUAGAGAGGCUAGAGAGAUUGGAACAAUUAGCAAAACUGUCACCAUGGUGUGCCUGGGUACCCUGUGCCACCUCCGUGGGAAGGGGUUAGCAUUCUGGUGGGCCCAAGGCCUUUCAUAUGAGGACAGUCCUGUUUUUAUCCGAUACCUGCUCUGUUGUGUCCAUGUGGUAGGGGCCAAGCGUCCUUCAGAGCAGGCAUCAGGGCAUGUUUUGUCCAUGUUUUAUUCUGUGUCGUUUGCUGGGUUCCUCUGAGUUGCAGCCUUGGUGUGGUAGGCUUGUCGCUUUUGGUCAUCCGCAGGUAGGUGUCCGCCAUGUUUAGGAGCUGGGUGUUAUUCACGUGGAUCCACCGCUUUCCAGGCUGUCCUGUUACAGACUCAGUGAUGGGCGAGCACAGGUUCGGUCUGUUAUUGGAUGUGUCUCGCUGGGCAGUUGGCGCAUUCACCUCGGGCAGGAGUGGUUCGCUGCACAGCGUUCUGUCCCCUCAGUGCCGCUGCCCCCUCAAGCCACCUGUCUCUUGUAUUGUUGGCUGGAGUGGUUGAGGGGGUUUGCACGGGUUUUGCUGCUUCCCUGUGUGGUGGGAUCGGGCGUUAGGGGCUAUUAUAUUGGUAGUGAGCACCAGGAGGGAGGGAAUCUUCUCCUUGCUGUCUGUGCAUGCCACCUUUUUUUAAUAUAGUACUUUAAAAAAAAAUACUAGUUCUAGAAUUAAUCACAAAUAGGCUGCACCCUUGAGUUUGUAAUGUUCAGGCAAAUAUAUGUGCAAAGACAGACAGAAUGUAUGUUUGCCGUUUGCCUGCAUUACUUCACGUGAACCUAGCUUGGGAUUCUUUGAGCCAUAUAUAGAAUUUUUAAUCUGUGUGUCCCGAUUUUAGCUACCCUGUUGCAUGAUGGGUAAAGAGGCAGUUUUAGCGAUCAUGGGGAUAGUCGGCAAAACAAGGAUGACAGAAUUAAAAUAAAGACGCAUUCAUAUUUGGUCCCAUAUUCCUGGAAACCUCUCAUACGCUAUAUACUAUUGUAUAUAUGUUCAUUUUCCACAUUACAAAAAGUCUCUCUUCAUUCUCUUCCACAGGCCGUAUAAUUGAUUGUGCUUUCACAGUGACGUUCAAUCCAAAGUUUGAUAAGUUGCUAGAAGCUGUCAAAGAUGCUACAAAUACUGGAAUCCGGGUAUGUUUCUUUUUAAAAAGCUGCAUUUAAAUGGAGGAAAAGACGUAUUGUGUGAAAUCAUUUCGAUAAAGACUACACCUUAAGAGGUAUAAUCACCGAACAGAUUCUCUUAUCCAGAUAAACUGUGUAAACACUCCUGUGUUUCAUGUCAAUGUAGAGAAUAUGGAAUAGAAAGAAAUAAGUUGACGCAUUAACAGUGAUGCAGUGUAAAACCUAAUUUCAAGAUUAGUUAAGGAAUUUAACCCCUUAAGGACCAAGCUUCUGGAAUAAAAGGGAAUCAUGACAUGUCACACGUCAUGUGUCAUUAAGGGGUUAAAUGUAGACAUGAACCAUGUAAAAAGUGGUUAGUAAACCCCCCCUUCUCCACCUUGUAAAGCAUUCCUGCUCCUCUAUUUUCUAUAACUUUAGAGAACAAGUUCUUAUUAUCACAGAAAAUGGUAUGGUUGAAUUACUAGCAUGUGCAAAACUGUUAUCAAAAUUUAAGAAAGCUUGACUCCUGAUGUAAUCUCUCUUGCUUUUUUUGUUGAAGUUCUCUUUGCUUAAGAACACUGUGACUCUAUACAAAAAAUAAUAAAAAUAAUUUGCUUUGAGGGUAUGGGAUUGGUUUCUCAAAAGCUCUUUUUCUUCUGUUCUGGUAGUGUUCUGGUAUUGAUGUACGCCUGUGUGACGUAGGAGAAGCAAUCCAAGAAGUAAUGGAGUCGUACGAAGUGGAACUGGACGGCAAAACAUAUCAAGGUGUGUUGAAGUCUUACAUAUGUUUUGGAAAUACAUAUGUAUUUUACUAUCUACAUUGUAAUUGCUUGAUUAACAUGAAGAUUAAGAACCGCAAAACAAAUGCACAAAGCUCUAGUCGUGAAUACAUAUUUUCUUUGUAACUAUGCACUGGACUUGGUACACAGUUUCUUAAUGACUCUAACACUGAAGUCCACGGUCAUUGUAAAGAACACAUGGCCAAUUUAUCAGUUUAAAAAAAAAUAUAAUGAUUUUAUUAACUGUAUUCUCAAAAAAGCAAAGAAUUUUGUGUUUGGGCCUUGUAGACUAUAAAGUGGGUAUGUUUUCCUCUUGGGAUAUAUGUUUGGCGGAGGCUUAGGUUAAUUAUAUCUGAAUAGUGUUUUUUUUUUUGUGAAGAUUAAACAAUUUGCUCUUUUCUGUGUAACAGUGAAACCCAUUCGUAACCUUAAUGGCCACUCCAUUGGGCAAUACAGAAUACACGGAGGAAAAACUGUACCGAUUGUAAAGGGAGGAGAAGCAACAAGAAUGGAGGUAAAGACUGUGCUGAUCUGCAAACAAUAAGGAUUAUUUCACAUUUGUAGCCAUCUUUAAUCUAUUCUAGGAGAUUACUUUUUUUUUUUUUUAAGAUAGAGUUGAUACAGGGAUGUAAUCUCACGAUUACAUCACGAUAAGUUGUCACCACUGUUUCAGAAGCAUUAUUUUAUUUUCAGGAAGGUGAGGUGUACGCCAUUGAAACUUUUGGUAGCACAGGAAAAGGAAUAGUUCACGAUGACAUGGAGUGUUCUCAUUACAUGAAAAAUUUUGAUGUUGGGCAUGUGCCAAUACGGUAAGAGAAAUGUCAUUCAUACAAAAAUAAGACAGAGAAAAGAAUUGCCAGAAGAUGUUAACAUUUGUUUAUUUUUUUAGGCUUCCACGAGCGAGACACUUGUUAAAUGUCAUCAAUGAAAACUUUAGCACUCUUGCAUUCUGCCGCAGAUGGCUGGACCGACUUGGAGAGAGUAAAUACCUAAUGGCUCUUAAGAAUCUUUGUGAUUUGGGGAUCGUGGACCCGUAUCCUCCUCUGUGCGACAUAAAAGGCUCCUACACGGCACAGUUUGAGCACACAAUAUUGUUACGCCCAACUUGCAAGGAGGUUGUGAGCAGAGGAGAUGACUAUUAAAGCUAACUGAUGCUAAACACAGCACUGUUUCUAAAUACUGCUUCUGUAGAAGCAUGUGGCAUAAAAGUAAUUUGGUAUGUGGCUUUCUUAUCAGUGGACACUUGAAUUUUUUUUUUUCCAGAUUUGAAAAUUGGAAUAAACCAUAAGACUGAUCAGAGACAUAGCUUUACUAACCGUGUGCUCCUAUAAAAAGACAGAUAAUUCAUGUGCCCACGUGUCAUAUUUGCUUUUGGUUCAGGGAAAAAUGUAAUGAAAUCCAAAUUUAAUUUAAGAAGCUUUUGGAAAUAUUUAUAUUAACCUAUUACAGCAAGUUUCUUAAACUUUAUUUGUGCAGAUAAUCUUAAUGCAUUUUAAUUCCCUGAUAACCAUUUUGUAAAAAAAAAUAAAUCUAUAAUAAAGUUACAUUUUUAGGUCAAAUCUUUCUUUUUAUUCUUGGUGCAAAUAAGUGCUUAUUUUUUAUUUAUUUUUUAACCCAUAUUUUGUUUCUUUAUUAAAGACCACAAUGUGAGGUUAAAGGUUAAACUUACACAGACAAAUUGUGAUAACUAUUAAUAUUCUUAACAUUAUCCAAAAAACAAAAAUCA